AUGGCAUCGUCCUGGGAAAAGAGAAUAUACAGCAAAGAACUUGAAUUUGUGGGACGCUACGGUCUAAUUUAUUACCAGAAGAAGGUUGAGGGCGAUGCCUGUGCUCUUGUUGCCAUUGAAACAUCAGACACAGCUGGAUUUGGAUCCAUCCUUGUCUUGUUUUAG